CAGGUGAUCGGCGCUGUUGUCACUGUCAAUUCAAUUGUCACAGUUGUCACUGGAAAUUAUUAUCGCCGCACGCGCCAGGUCGAAGCUGUUUGUUGAUUCCUCCAGUAGAUGUAAUAAAUACUAUCGUGAACGAGUUUUAACAUCGCGAUGGGGAUAUUAGAAAAGAUUUCAGAAAUUGAGAAGGAGAUUGCUCGCACGCAGAAGAAUAAAGCUACCGAGUACCAUCUGGGCUUGCUUAAAGCAAAACUCGCCAAGUAUAGGUCCCAGCUUUUAGAACCGACAAAAAAGUCUGAGAAGGGCGAAGGUUUCGACGUGCUGAAGUCGGGCGACGCCAGAGUUGCGUUAAUUGGCUUCCCGUCAGUUGGCAAAUCAACCCUCCUCAGUACUUUGACUGCCACUCAAUCAGAAGCUGCAUCUUAUGAAUUUACUACCCUAACAUGUAUCCCUGGUGUUAUAGAGUACAAAGGUGCCAAUAUACAAUUGCUGGAUUUACCCGGUAUAAUCGAAGGAGCGGCACAGGGAAAAGGACGAGGGAGGCAAGUUAUCUCUGUCGCUAGAACGGCAGAUUUGGUACUUAUGAUGUUAGAUGCAACCAAGCAGGACGUUCAACGGCAGUUGUUAGAAAAAGAAUUGGAAUCCGUUGGAAUAAGACUCAAUAAGAAAAAACCGAAUAUAUAUUUUAAAGUGAAGAAAGGUGGUGGCUUAGCCUUUAACUCAACGUGUCCUUUGACAAAAGUAGAUGAAAAAUUAGUUCAAAUGAUUCUACAUGAAUAUAAAAUCUUCAAUGCCGAGGUACUAUUUCGUGAGGACUAUAGUGCAGACGAAUUGAUUGAUGUUAUCAAUGCAAAUCGAGUAUACUUGCCAUGCCUUUAUGUAUAUAAUAAGAUAGAUCAAAUAUCGAUAGAAGAAGUCGAUAGAAUCGCUAGGCAACCUAAUAGUGUCGUAGUUAGUUGUAAUAUGAAGUUGAAUCUAGAUUUUCUGCUGGAAAUACUAUGGGAAUACUUAAGUUUGAUAAGGGUAUACACAAAAAAACCUGGACAACCGCCUGAUUUUGAUGAUGGUUUAAUAUUAAGGAAAGGGGUGACAGUAGAGCAUGUGUGUCAUGCAAUUCACCGUACUCUUGCCCAACAAUUUAAAUAUGCCCUUGUAUGGGGUACAAGUACGAAAUAUUCACCUCAACGAGUAGGACUACAACAUGUGAUGCAUGAUGAGGAUGUUAUACAAAUAAUGAAAAAAUAAAUUCCGACAAAAUUUUUGAAAAUGUGAAUAGCAAUAUAGGCCUUACUUAAGCCUUUCAUGUACAACAAAAGUGCGAGCAAACUACACUGCACUAAUAAACUGUAAAAUUCGACGGUUUUAGAAUGAAUGUAUUUGAAUUACCUAUUUUAAGAAGCUUGUGUGGUUUGCAGAUCUUGUUCCAAUAAAAUUUGUAAGAACAAAUGUAACUCAUGUUAAUUAUUUAAAUA